AUGCCGAACUACACGGCAAGAAGUAAGUCAAAUAUUUUAUAAUUUUAUAUCGAAAAUCGGUUUUCUUAUUAGUUAUUAUAUCAUCGGUCAAAUAUUAUAUUACAAAAAAAUUAAAAUGUAUACGGCAUUUAUAACCUAUUUAAUUAUUUAACUUUUUGCCGUAUUUCGCAUUUUGUUUAACUCAUAUGUAUAACUAAUAUGAUUAGUGAACCGAUGGAAGAAGCAAGACAUAAUUUAGAUACUUUAGAUCAAGAAAUAUAUUCGAUUACAAAAUUAUUCUCUCUAUAUAUUGUUUUAAUUUUGUUUUUGUUUUUGUUUUUUUCGUUACAAGGAAUUCAAUAUUAUUAUAUAUUUAAAGUCCAACACUAGUCAAAAAAUUAAGACUUUAAUUAUAAUAAGUGAAAAUAAAAUGUAUUAAUUUAGAAAUUAUAAUUAAUACUUAUAAUUAUUAUUUAGAAUACAAUUUACAAAUGUUCAACCAAAGAAUUAGUAUUUUUGUUUUUUUUUAUUUAAGUAUUCAUAUCAGUAUAUUUAUAUAACGACAUUUUAGACACUAAAUAGGGUAAAUGUUACUCAUAUAUUGUAUAAAAGAUUAAUAUACCUAUGAAUAAUGCAAACUUUUUAGUAUGGGGUAAUGUUGUUUCCACGUGGACAACAUUGAAAAGGCAACCAAUUUUCAAUAGAACCAGGAGUGGUGACUCUGAUGGAAACAAAAAAAUUAAAACCACGACGUGUGCCUGUCCGGAUACACCUCUGUAUGUAUAA